AUGUCCGGUCCUCAGGGAAGACUGAGCUUGUUACACCCGCCUCGAAAUGUCCAGCAAAUAACAAAGGAGGCACAAGACUACGAGUAUGAUGCCUCGAUCCCCCUCCGCUACUGGCUACGGUCAGCCCAGGCGAUGUUGAAAGAGGCAGAGAUAUACGUGCGCGAGGGAGAUGAAGAAACGACCUAUCUCCUCCUCUUUCGACAUGCCCAUCUCAUCCUGUCCCAGUUACCCGCCCAUCCACAAGCACGGGAUAAGGCCAACAGGCUGCUGCUGAAAGAGGCGGAGAAAGAAGUUAACCAGAAUCUAAAAGUGCUUGAUCUGAUAAAGCCCCGGAUAAACGAGAGAUACGAACGUUACGUCAGAAUUUUGAAAGAGAGGGAGGCCAGAAGGAGUGCACAUACACAGACUCAGUCUUACGGUGACUACAGGGGCCAACAGCCAGCGCUGGACCAGAGAGCCGAACCGCUCAAAGCGUAUGAGCAUCAGGACCUUGCAGUGCGAUUAGCCCAGAAGGAGAUUUCCCGACGAGCAGCUAAUCGUCAAACUGCCCCGACAUCAGCUGCUGAUGGGGAUGACUUUUCGCGGAGGCUGCAAGAAAUCCGUGCUCGAGUCGAAGGAAGGACGCAGCCCGGUUCGCUGGACUCGGAGAGCCGUCCUCGGGCCUUUGCAGCCAACAACCUCACUUACAACUACCCCAGCAUUCCUUCACACCAUGCGCAACUGGUGCCGGGCCUUCCAGUGCCGCAAGGGCCCCGACCUCUUGCUCAGGGAGAGCUUCCGGUUCCUCCGCCGGUAAUCCCGCCGAAACCGGGUAGCAUCGUGAUUCAACCACCAGCAAGGCCGGAGAAAGUGCCAGAACAAAUUGCAUCUAGGUCGGCGACACCUGAACCUGUGCAUACCUUCGCUCCGGCUGCGUACUUGGAAAAUGGUACGCCACUCCGAACGAUCUUCCUGCCUCCCACGUUGCGGACCACCUUCUUGAGACUUGCGCACAAAAACACGCUGGCCAAUCUGGAGACCUGCGGGUUUCUCGGGGGCACCCUGAUCGCAAACGCAUUCUUCAUCAGUCGACUUAUCAUUCCAUCCCAGACGGCAACUUCGGAUACUUGUGAGAUGACGAACGAAUCACAACUGUUCGACUAUGUUGAUUCUGAAGAUCUCAUGAUUCUCGGAUGGAUCCACACCCAUCCUACUCAGACAUGCUUCAUGAGCAGUAGGGACUUGCACACUCACGCUGGGUACCAGAUGAUGCUGGCCGAAAGCGUUGCAAUUGUAUGCGCGCCUAGUAAAGGAGAUACAAUGCACGGAGGUGACUGGGGAGUUUACCGGCUGACGGAUCCUCCGGGAAAGAAAGCUAUUCUCAGCUGUAAUCAACCAGGAAUCUUCCAUCCUCACGACGUUGAGGAUAUUUACACCGACGCAGUGCGACCGGGACACGUGGUCGAGGCUAAGGGAAUGGAGUUCGAAGUGGUGGAUCUUCGGGAAAGGUAG